UGUUGUUGUCUUUUUUUAUCAGGGGCGAGUGGAGGUGGAGGCCGGUAACGAGAACAUGAAGUUCGAGACUGGACCGUUCUCAUUCUACGGCGUCAUGGCGCUCAGUGCUCCCACACUGGAGUUUCGUUCGCCGUCCCACCUGAGCGGGUUGAACCGUACAGCCUCUCUGAGCGGAGCUGACCGGACAGAGUCACUCUCAGUCAGCGGGAGCAACAGUCAGCUCAACAACAGCAUCCCCUUGCAGCAGUACACACCCGACUUCUACGUCCGAGCUCUCACUGACCUGCAAUUUGUCAAGAUCACACGGGCCCAGUACCAGAACGGCCUGAUGGCAUCUCGUCUGGACAGCACGCCCCAGUCCCCGGAGAGCGGCCACAACAUGGCUCGUCUGGAUCAGACCACUCCACCCGCCACCGUCAACACCACCAUCACAGACCUGGGGGCGGACUGUACCCCGACAGAGAACGGACCGGACGAGACGACGCUUCUCCUCCUGAACGAGCAGAACUCACCGCACACAGCCAACCACCACAGCCAAAUGGAAAACAGCAUUUGACACCCUCGCCCCCACAAAUAUUCCUACAUUUGCACGCAUGCACUACUACGCUCAAAUGUAUGCUGAGGCGGGGGGAGGAGUGUGUGUGUGUGUGUGUGUUUGUCUGUGUGUGUGAGUGAAUGGGGAUGCAGACAUUUGCCUUGGCACAGCUGAUAAGGCAUAAAGAGACAAGCCAUGUGCAUGCAUAUUGUGUAAAUAUGCAGUGAAUAAACAAAACAAACACACAUACACACAAACAUACCAAAGCGAAUGGUGGGAAUUUGCCACAUCCACUUUUCUAUCAUAAACACACUCACCACAAACCUAACACUCAUCUAUAAUAGUUCAUCGACAGAAAGGAGUAUGUGUGUGUGUGUGUGUGUGUGUGUGUGUGUGUGUGUGUGUAUGUGUGUGUUUGUUUGCACAUGUUCCUUAAUGUAUUAAUUAAAUAUUGAUGACAAAGAUCUGAAGGACCUGCUUGUCUGGACCAGAAAGCUCCUCCCUCUCUCGCCCAUCAUCGCUAUCGGCUUUCAGAGGCAGGUUUCUUCCUCUGUAUGUGUGUGUGUGUGUGUUUUUAAAUGUGUGUGUGUGUUGCUUCCAAUCCACUGUCCCCAAUCAAAGACUCAGGGAGACUCCGCCCUCCCCCCCAACCCCUUUGCUGAUGUACAUGCAAAAGCCGCAAACCAACCCACCGCCACAUGUGUAGCAACCUGCAUCCCCUCCUCACCAUCCAUACAGCUAGAAGACAAAGACAACCCGAGCAUGUCAGCAGAGUUCAAGCAAAGUAAUAUAUGUUCCGUAGAAAUUUAUAGUGAAAUAUUUAUUGAUGAAUUCGGUGUGAGACGGACACACAAGACUCCUACUGACUCCUUUUUUGGGGGAGGGUUUGGGGCGGAUUUCUACAGGACGAUUGUUCUGAAUAACUGAACAAUCGUGCCUUCUUGUUUUCUUGAUAGAAGCAGUAAGUAGCCCAGAGCCUUUAUCCCAGAGUUGUUAAAGAGAUUUAGCAGCGAUAGACAGCCAGUCUGUAUCGUGAUUAAGACAAUCAAUAUGAUUAUGAUGAAUGUGUUAAAUUAAAUGUGUAGGGUACGUUAACUGUGGCCACCCUGCUCUCAAACAGCACCCCACAGCCUCUCUCUGAAAUACUUUUUUUCUUCCCCACGAUUUUAUUUUUCAUCAGCAACAGAUCUGAAAAGUUGUGAUGGGCAGUUUCAGAUAAAUCAGAUCAUAAGGGGAAAAAAGUUUUCACAAAUGGUGGAAGGUGUUUGAGAGACAGACACUUGGCGAGUCCUUUCCUACUUUAUAAGCGAGAGUGGGUCGUCUGUGCGCAUGUUUGUUUUUGUGUGUAUGUGACCAAAAUGGCCAUCACUAGAUCUGGUGGGAACAGAAACCAAAAGAGGGAAGCUUGAUCACAUUCUGACUAGAAAAUAGUAGAAAUCCGAGACUUUAUUUAUUGAGUUCGAUGUGAUUGUGUGUGUGUGUGUGUGUGUGUGCGUGCGUGUGUGUGUAUAUAUAAAUAUAUUAUUGUCAACGGAGGGGUGAGAAAUGUGAUUUUUAUUCUGCCUCAUUGUGAGAUUUUACAUGUUAAAUGUUCCGUUGCAUUCAGUGGUUAUGUUUGGGUUCAUCUUUUGUAAAUCAGAUCGGGAGGGUGGGUGGGUACUGAAUAGCAAACCCAAACAUUUAUUGUUUGUAUUUCUACAGCCAAAUGCACCGCUCAGCCCUGACAUCAGCCAAAUUUUGUUUGUUUUAUGGGAACACACUCCAGUUAUAUUUUACUGUACUUUUUGAGGAGAUUUUAAAGGAAGAAAUCGUUCCGAAAACUCAAAUUCUGUCUUGUAACAUGUUUUUCUUUGCCUGAGUUCUAGCAGAGCCAAAGCGACAUUUCAUCAAAUCAUUUUUUGUGAUAUACAACAUGAAAAGUGAAUCACACUCCAUGUUUUUUGUUUUUAAAACCAAAGAGAGACAGCUACUUUCCAGUCUUGUUAUUUCUGCGAGACAUCCAUGAUAACGCUUUCUAUAAUAAUGUACCAGAAUGCAUCGCAGCCAAACCAAAAGUUAGCAUAGCUCUCACUGUUUUCCUGUCAUCCUUGCUGCUUUGCUGUCAGUAUGUUUUUUUUUUUUUCCCAAGUGAAUCCAACAACUUCCCAUCUGCUCUUCGAAUCUAGGACAUCAGAAGUAAGAGUAGAUGACACACACUAACAGAGUUGGAUACAACAAAAACAAAAAUUGCUACUUUCCUGAGAUCAACAGCUUCCUAUUCUCAAUCAAUAACAGUGAUACAUUUUUAAAUCACUAAAUUUCUCUUCUCUCAGUGACAGAAGACAGAAAUAUCUGGUCAGCUUGUUAUGUGGCAUUCUCAGUAAAUAUUCAUUCUGUACUGAAAUUGUGAAACCAAAGCUUGACAAAAUGACGAUUUCAUUUUUAGUUUCCAAAUGAAUUGGAUUGUCCAUUUUGAUCUUAUUUUUGGUCUUAUUGUUUGGAAAAGUUCAAAUAUCACAAAUGUUUUGGGGAAGAAAAACUAUUAGUAAUCUGCUGAAAAAGAAUGAUGGAAAUGUUGUGUUUUCGUAACCAUAUACAAGAUUUUCCUCCAUUUGAAGCAGGAGGCCAGUGUCCUGAAUGAAUAGAUCUUUUUGUUUGGUAGUAGAAAAAUUAUCCCUUAAUAUUGUGUUUGAGCAAGCAAUGACUUUCUGCUCUAAGACACGAAUAAUUAGAAAAGUUAUUGAUACUUUAUCCACCUGAGCUGUUCUGUUUUUUUUGUUUUUUUGUCUUAUCACCAGUAUGCCAACCAUUUUUCUACAAGUUACUUUAACAUAGAGAUUUUAUUAUAUUGCAUCCAGUUUAUUAAAUGGUCAGUUAAUAUAACUUUGAAAUCUGUUCUUUUUUAGGGUAUGGGACCAUCUGAGCUUGUUUCACACCGCAGUGUAAACUCAGUGUGCCUCACACUGCCUUAUAAACACUUAAGUUUGAGUCUGGUGUCCCGUUUACCUGAUCCAUUAGUGCAUUGUGGUACUGCACAAAUGUUUUGUUUAAUGUUUUUUUUUUUUUUUUAAACUGGAAAAUGUUCACAUAAUCAUAUGUUCCGAAAGGUAAAUGGGCAUCUUCUGGAUAUUCAACUCUAAGCACCAUACAAUUUGAAGAUAAAAGAGCAUUUAUAUUGAUAGCAAAAACUUCAGGAUGGAUGGUAACUCUGAUUAUCUGCAGUUAUCCCAGGUAAAAUUCAGGGUGAAAGUCACACGUUGUGACUCAAUCAUUGGGGAAAUGAAUGGACUGCGGGGGUCUCAAAUGGGACUAGGAUAACAAUCAGAAUAUGUUGCUGGUAAAAGCAGACAAAAUAGCAGACAAAUUCAGUUCAGUAGUAGAUUCCUAUUAAUCUAUAUGGACAGAAAACACCAGCAACACAUUCAAUCUUUUGUGAAAGACUGUAAAAGUUAUUAAUAUGUAACAAAAGGUACUUAUUCAUUACCCAGUUAUGACUAACUAACUUUAUUUUUUAUUACUCAGCAGCUAAGAAAGAAUUGUUUUCCAUUUCAGGAAAUCAAAGGAAAGGUGUAUUUUCCCAUAAGCCACAAAUAGGGAGCUUAGUAGCUUUUAUGCAAUACUGUUACUGACCAGGAUUUCAUAAUCAAUUCUUUGCUGACCUCUUUACAUGACCCUGCUUUUUUUUUUUUUUUUUUUAAGUAGCUGUCAUGUCAGCACCCAAACGAAAAGCUUAAGGACUCACUGUUCUGUUGCCUUCACUAUGUUUUAAUGACAUUACUGGAUUUUUUUUAAUGCUCAUUAAAUGAAUUAUUUUUGACAAACACAUACACACACUCCCAUUUCAAAGACUGUUAUGUUAAUUUUUAUGGCUGAGAUUGUUGUUAAUGUUUUUUUGUUGGUGUUUUUGUUCAUGUGUGUGCCUGUGCACUCCCACCUGUUUUAAAUUGUGCUGGGUUGUGUGUGUGUGUGUGUGUGUGUGUGUGUGUGUGUGUGUGUGUGUGUGUGUGUGUGUGUGUGUGUGUGUGUGUGUGUGUGUGUGUGUGUGUGUGAGAGAGAAUCAAGUCUGGUUAUUUUUUUGUACCUCAAAACACUGUCAGUAAUUGUGGUAGACAACGAUCGUUUUUUUUUUUAUUUGUCAUGAAAUUUGAUUUUGGGAACAGAGCGAAUGGAGCAACUGGUCUUGUGGGAAGAAAUAAACUGAUUGUCUUUCAUUCUCUCUGGCAUGCUGUAACUUAAAAAAACAACAACAGAGAAACAAGGUGUAAAUACUGUUUUAUAAUUUCUGUCUUAAUGAGUUUUGAAGAUGAAGAAAGUUAUUAAUAAACCUGAGAUAUAUUUCUCUAUGGACCUCU